GUCCUCCCGUCCCUCUGCCUCCCCAGGUCCUCCUCAGCCUCCAGCCAGUGUCCUCCAGUGCUGGGCUGGGGCUCCUCUCCUCCGCUCCCCACCUCUGCCCGGACGGCCACCAUGGGGACACCCACCCAGAGGAAGUCUCACCUGCUGCUGCUGGUUGCCGUGGCCGUUGUCUCCUCGCCAGCUCGGAGCUCAGCCUGGGGAGCCCCAGCCACCUUUGGGCCUGUCUUUGAAGACCAGCCACUCGGUCUGCUAUUCCCAGAGGAGUCCACAGAGGAGAAGGUGACGCUGGCAUGCCGCGCCCGGGCCAGCCCUCCUGCCACCUAUAGGUGGAAGAUGAAUGGCACCGAGAUGAAGCUGGAGCCAGGCUCCCGCCACCAGCUCGUAGGAGGCAACCUGGUGAUCAUGAACCCCUCCAAGGCACAGGAUGCCGGCGUCUACCAGUGCUUGGCCUCCAACCCAGUGGGCACCAUCGUCAGCAGGGAGGCUGUCCUUCGCUUCGGCUUUCUGCAGGAAUUCUCCAAGGAGGAACGAGACCCAGUGAAAACCCACGAAGGCUGGGGGGUGAUGUUGCCCUGUAACCCGCCAGCCCACUACCCAGGCUUGUCCUACCGCUGGCUCCUCAACGAGUUCCCCAACUUCAUCCCGACGGACGGGCGUCACUUCGUGUCCCAGACCACGGGGGACCUAUACAUCGCCCGCACCAACGCCUCAGACCUGGGCAACUACUCCUGCCUGGCCACCAGCCACAUGGACUUCUCCACCAAGAGCGUCUUCAGCAAGUUUGCUCAGCUCAACCUAGCAGCAGAAGAUACCAGGCUGUUUGCACCCAGCAUCAAGGCCAGGUUCCCAGCAGAGACCUACGCGCUGGUGGGCCAGCAGGUCACCCUGGAGUGCUUCGCCUUCGGGAACCCUGUCCCCCGGAUCAAGUGGCGCAAAGUGGACGGCUCCUUGUCUCCGCAGUGGGCCACAGCGGAGCCCACCCUGCAGAUCCCCAGUGUCAGCUUCGAGGACGAGGGCACCUAUGAGUGUGAGGCGGAGAACUCCAAGGGACGCGACACGGUCCAGGGCCGCAUCAUUGUGCAGGCUCAGCCUGAGUGGCUCAAGGUGAUCUCGGACACGGAGGCCGACAUUGGCUCCAACCUUCGGUGGAGCUGCGCGGCUGCCGGCAAGCCCCGGCCCACAGUGCGCUGGCUGCGGAACGGGGAGCCUCUGGUCUCCCAGAGCCGGGUAGAGGUGCUAGCCGGGGACCUGCGCUUCUCCAAGCUGAGCCUGGAGGACUCGGGCAUGUACCAGUGUGUGGCGGAGAACAAGCACGGCACCGUCUACGCCAGCGCCGAGCUGGCCGUGCAAGCACUGGCCCCUGACUUCAGGCUGAAUCCCAUAAGGCGUCUGAUCCCCGCGGCCCGCGGGGGAGAGGUCGUCAUCCUCUGCCAGCCCCGGGCCGCUCCCAAGGCCGUGGUGCUCUGGAGCAAAGGCACCGAGAUUCUGGUCAACAGCAGCAGAGUGACCGUAACUCCGGAUGGCACCUUGAUCCUAAGAAACAUCAGCCGGUCAGAUGAAGGCAAAUACACCUGCUUUGCUGAGAAUUUCAUGGGCAAAGCUAACAGCACGGGCGUCCUGUCUGUGCGAGAUGCGACCAAGAUCACUCUAGCCCCUUCGAGUGCUGAUGUCAACCUGGGAGACAACCUGACCUUGCAGUGCCACGCCUCCCAUGACCCCACCAUGGACCUCACCUUCGUCUGGACCCUGGAUGACUUCCCCAUCGACUUCGAUAAGCCCGGGAGUCACUACCGGAGGGCGAGUGUGAAGGAGACAGUUGGGGACCUAACCAUCCUGAACGCCCAGCUGCGUCACGGUGGGAAGUACACGUGCAUGGCCCAGACGGUGGUGGACAGUGUGUCCAAGGAGGCCACAGUCCUGGUCCGAGGUCCGCCGGGCCCCCCGGGAGGUGUGGUGGUGAGGAACGUCGGUGACACCACUGUCCAGCUCAGCUGGAGCCGCGGCUUUGACAACCACAGCCCCAUUGCCAAGUACACCCUGCAAGCUCGCACCCCACCUGCGGGGAAGUGGAAGCAGGUUCGCACCAAUCCCGCCAACGUCGAGGGCAACGCUGAGACCGCCCAGGUACUAGGCCUCACGCCCUGGACGGACUACGAGUUCCGGGUCUUAGCCAGCAACAUCCUGGGCACUGGGGAGCCCAGUGGGCCCUCCAGCAAAAUCCGGACCCAGGAAGCAGCCCCCUCAGUGGCACCCUCAGGACUCAGCGGAGGUGGUGGAGCCCCGGGAGAGCUCGUUGUCAACUGGACGCCCGUGCCCCGGGAGUACCAGAACGGAGACGGCUUCGGCUACCUGCUGUCCUUCCGCAGGCAGGGCAGCGCCGGCUGGCAGACCGCCCGGGUGCCCGGCGCCGACGCCCAGUACUUCGUCUACAGCAACGACAGCGUCCGGCCCUACACGCCCUUCGAGGUCAAGAUCCGCAGCUACAACCGCCGCGGGGCCGGGCCCGAGAGCCUCACGGCCCUGGUGCACUCGGCUGAGGAAGAGCCUAGGGUGACCCCUACCAAGGUCUGGGCCAAGGGGGUCUCAUCCUCAGAGAUGAACGUGACCUGGGACCCCGUGCAGCAGGAUGUGAAUGGUAUUCUCCUGGGGUACGAGAUCCGCUACUGGAAAGCUGGGGACAAGGAAGCAGCCGCUGACCGAGUGAGGACAGCAGGGCUAGAUACCAGUGCCCGAGUCACUGGCCUGCACCCCAACACCAAGUACCAUGUGACGGUGCGGGCCUACAACCGGGCGGGCACCGGGCCUGCCAGCCCUCCCGCCAAUGCCACGACCAUGAAGCCCCCUCCACGGCGACCUCCUGGCAACAUCUCCUGGACUUUCUCGAGCUCCAGUCUUAGCAUUAAGUGGGACCCUGUGGUCCCCCUCCGAAAUGAGUCUGCAGUCACUGGCUAUAAGAUGCUGUACCAGAAUGACUUACACCCAACUCCCACACUGCAUCUCACCAGCAAGAACUGGAUAGAAAUUCCAGUUCCUGAAGACAUUGGCCACGCCCUGGUGCAGAUUCGGACCACAGGGCCUGGAGGGGAUGGGAUCCCGGCGGAAGUCCACAUCGUGAGGAAUGGAGGCACAAGCAUGAUGGUGGAGAACUCAGCAGGCCGCCCAGCCCCACGUGCUGGCACCAUCCUUUCCCACUCUGUGGCGAUGCUCAUCCUCAGAGGCUACCUGGAGCUCUGAUCUCGGCGCCCCUCCCUCUCCGCCACAGCUGGACACCCCCCCUCCGACGGACACAGCCAGCUGGCCCCGGUCCCUUCCUGAUGCCAACGUGGCCCACACUGUGCCUGAGAAUGGCUGGUUUUAAAUACCCACUCUAAACAGUGCCCUUUUCAUAGGAGGUAGGAUAUUUCACAUUCAGCCACAGGAUAGAGCCUGGGAGAUAUUUUUCUUUAAACCAGGAGGCACCAGGCAGUAACUUCUAUGAUGAUACUGAACCCUGUGGGCCCUCUAGGGUGCCCAGAUGGAAGGAGCAGGCCUCUGGGAAGAAGGGGGUUUUCAACAUCAAUCUGCACAUUCGUGGAUGGUGUUCUGGGACCACGUGUGGACUCUGUGCCUGAGAGCAGAGUCCUGGGCCUGGCAGGAACACUGGACAUGAAUGGGCUGAAGGGGACGCCAUAAACAUCAGCAUCCUCAGUCUAAGGAGAGGGCCAAACCCCGGGACCAAGGACUCUCCUACUUCCUCCUCUUGAGGGGCAGCACAGCUGGACCCUAACACUUCCUCGAUGACUCCCUGGAGGCCCCGCACCUGCCCAGCUGGCUGAGAACCAGCGCCCUCAUGUCUACAGCCAGGAGCCUGAGCCUCUUCAGCUUUGGGGGUGAUACUCCAAACUGCUGGAGGUAGGCGCUAAAAAGCGUGGAUGCCUGGUGGAAAGGGGCACCAGACUUGGCCUGAGGCACAGUCACAAUCCAGGUGAUGUUGCCCUCUUAGCCAACACUGCCAACCCGACCCUGUCACCCCACAGUGACAGAAGCCACUACAGGUGGCUGGGUGACUAAAGGGCUUGUCUUGGGGAGGUCCUCCGCCCCACCAAGACCCAUCCUGCACAGUCCCUCCAGGGUUUGGGCAGGAAACAGGAGAUGGGGGUGGCACACCCACCCUCCUCCUCCAGCUCAGCCUGAAGGCCCAGGACUCCACUCUCCCGGCACUGACUCACUCAAGCCUCAGAGAGCAACGUGGCACUAAGUCUGUGUCUUGGAGUCAGGAGUCUUCUGAGAAGAGCAGAGGACCAAUGUGGCCCUGCCUGCUCCCAGGAAUACUCUGCACCACCUGGUGAGACCGCUCCCUAGGCUGCCUCGGACUGCUCUCAUGCAGUUCCCAGAAGAAACCGGGGUUAAUAAAUGGGACAUCCUCCUUUGCACUCUGGGUAUGUUACCAGUGACAGACAGAACCUCAGAGCCGGAAGAGGCUUGAGAGCUCAACUUGGCCAAACCUCUCACUUUCCAGAGGAAGCCAAGGUCCAAAGGCUCAGGGACUUCCCAAGGUCACACAGCUGUCAGUGACGGGGCUGGGAUGAGGAGGGAGUCUCCUACCUUCCUGUCCCAGGCUCUUGGUUUAUCCAGAGGAAGGGGCAGUGCUGGAUGGCUGCGGCCUGGAUAAGGUGGUGGUGAAGAAGGGCAGCGGGCUGUGAAAACUCUGCUUCAAGAGGUUCAGGUGGGGAUCAUGGGGUGAUGGGCAUGGCUGGGUCCCAGCCCAAGGCUUGCCUGGGCAGACUCCAGGAGACACCCAGUCCUUCUUUGCCUUCUGAGCCCAGCUUCUGCUGUAGCCUCAAUAUGCAGGGCUGGCCUGAAGCCCCCUGUUCCCCUUACCCUACCCUUGCUCCAAGAAGAGGCCAAAACAAGGACAGGGAUUGCCCAAAUCCAGACAGCAGUGGCGACAUAAGCAGGAAACCCCAAAGCCUGUGCUCUGACAGGUGGCCCUUCAGCAACAGAGCAGCAGCACAGGCGUCCUGUAGGGGACAGGCCCCGUGAGCUGGUGUCUGUAGUUUACACUUAGAGCUCUAUUUUGUUAUGGUUUUUUAAAUUAAGUCCUGCUCUAUUUUCCUGGGCAGGUUUAUGUUGAUGUUUACCCACUACAGUUUUUUUAAAAUGUGAGCUCAAACCCCCUCUCCCCACCACCGCUGCACCCACCCCCUGCCCCCGCCCGGGACUGCUUUCCUGGAGCCGUCUGAUCAAACCCUCCUCACCUGCUCCUGUCCAACCUCCCACGCAAGGUGCUGGGGGUUCAGCUCAGCCAUUCUCCCAUUACAGGGACCCCAACAUUUGGCCUAGCAUCCAUCCUGGUCUGCGGGGGCUGUGUUUUGGCAUGCCCAGUUCUAUCAGAAAGGGAAUGCUGAAAGUAAGAAACUUCCUUGCAAAGUUUCCUGAGCCUUUCCUCGCUGCCCGGGCUGCAGCAGGGGAGCAGGGGCCAGGUGUCUAGAUGCUGGGCCGAGGAUGAGCUGGGCUGGCACAGGACCCCUGACCAGCGUGGCAGGAGGCUGCAGUCCCCAAGCUUGCUUGAGGCAAAAGAUACUCAUGACUAAGUGUCUUAGUUCUAAUGAAGCCCAUUAGCAAAGGGGAGGAAGGCAGACCUGCUGGGAAGCCCAGGAAGGGUUUUUAACUAGAAAAACUCAGCCCCAGGAAAACCUAGCCAGUGUGCAGAUAGAACUUGUCUGGGAGACGUAGAACUACCGUAAAAUGGACGUUCCUGCAGCCUGAGACUUCGGGGAGGAUACUGACUAGGUUUAAUAAGACCAUAGGUGACUUCAGGACACGCAAGCUUCUAAAAUGGAACAGCCCCUUGUUGAGGUGGCCUGGACAGGAGCUUGCAGGGAGGCAGAAGAUUAGAUGGCUUCUCAGAGUCCCUUCCUGCCCAAGGGGCCUCUGAUGGGCUGGGGGAGUUGAGAGCAGGGCUGGCCCCUACUGUGGUCAUGACUUGAUUCUGGAUCUCUCCUCUCUCACACACUAAGCCCCAGAGGCAAGGGGGACAGCCACCACCAAGUACUUUACCCCACAGCUUAGUAGCCAGUAAGUGCCUUGAGGACUAAGGACAGACAGCCUAAAACACCACUUCAGGGCCCGGGGAGACACCUGGGCUCAGCCUACAGGCCCGCUGGCCCUGGCCUUGGCCACUUGGUCCUCAUUGCUCUAACAGUCUCCAUGUAUACCUUGCCCUCAGCAGGAGGGCAGCUCUCUCUAGACAGAGUCUUGGGGCCCAGCAAGGUCAGGUUAGCUGCGUUCAUCCAGGGCAUCAAAUGAUCCAGAUGGUGCCAGGGAAUAGGAGGGCCAUGGGGUGGGGGCUCUUUUUCUUUUGAAAAAAUAAAGACUGAGGUCAGACAUCAAAAAAACUUCUGCAGUGAGACGCCGGAACGAGUGAGAGGCUUGUUCCUUUUUUAGGGACCUUUGAGGAAGUUGGACAGCUGUUGCCCUGGGGUCUAGGUUAGGUGAAGACUGGAGGGGUGGGGAGACACUGUGAGAGUCCUUCCGGGACAGCGAUGCUUAGAAUCAAAGGGGUUCAGCAAAGGAGGUGUCACGGAGCGCCUAUCUGCUGUGGCCCACGGCGCAUGGGCAUGAUGCCGUCGCCACGGGCAUUCUGUCCCCUGGGCACACUGCCUCUUGGCAGUCCCAGGAGCCAUCUUGUCUGUACUCUGGACAAGAGCCAAGCUCGCUAAGGAUGGCUGACUCCCUCCAUCUUCCCUGCCUAGAGGACUCUUCCAUUCCAGGUCUCAGAAUGUGACUGCCCACUGGCGCCUCUCUCUUGGAGGGAGAACAGUAUCCCCAAACCUGGGUUUGAGCCCAGGUGUGCUGCCCUGUCUCCCUGGGUCAGACCUCACCUGGGCUUCGAACUAGGGAUGAACGAGGUUGCCAGAGAGGCUCCUGGAGUGGUGUGAGGGAUUAGACGGGCAUUUUGAAGGGACUUCAAAGAGCUCCAUGGAAAGAAAUGCCUGGUAGCUGUAUAUAUGGUCAUAGGCUUUGGGAAGGCAGAACAAUAAAGGGAAAUUGGAGAGGGAAAAAAAUGUGUGAGAUAGCCUUGCCCAGAGCCCCAGGAAGCCUAGUGCCCUUAGAUGGGGUGUACCCCGCCUUGGCUCCCAGACUCCAACUUAUCCACCAGUCCAGGGCCUGCACAGCUUAAAUAGGAAAGCUCACAGCUCGGCAAAGGCUAGGGCUUCGUCAGGCCACUGACUUGACUGUUUUGUUAAAACGGAACCACUCGCACUGGCCUCUUGCUCGUUUCUUAUACUUCUGGUAAUGGUCGUUAUUUAUUGACUCUGGUAGCAGGCAGUUCUUAAAUAAAGACGGUUUCUCAACCUGCAGA